AUGAGUCGUCUCAUGUGCAGUAAUCUGGCUAAAGAAAUACUCAAAACAACGGGUCGAGAUGCGACCGAUCCUGCUGGCAGCUUUGAGGAGUGCUGGUUAGAUGAAGAUGAUUGUGAGUCUGACUGGAUAUUAUUAUCAGCGCCAAGUAGCCUGAAUUCAUUUUCCACUUUUCUGCUAUUCAAACUUCAUUGUUCAUUACUGCUAUCAUUUGCUAUUCAUUAUCAUCUUUAG